GGAAUGCAAUAUUCCGAGGAGCACCUGAAGACAUCAGAGAGGAGAGAGCGGUUUCCCACCGCAGCACGAGCUGCUGCAUCAACUUUAUCUCCACGAGAGGUUUGGAGCGAGGCAGUCAACGAAAACUUAGCAGAACAUGUGUUGAACUAGUCAGUAUGCGGAGUUUCGAUGGAUGCUAACUGGAUUUGACAACACUGGUCGGGCCUGCAAGUGGAUAACUAUGCCACAGAUACAUGUCAGGACCAAUCAGAGCUAGCGUACACAGGCACACACAUGACCUUGUAAGCUGUGGCUGUGAACCGUACUAUCAAGGAAAUUCCUCAGUCCUCCAGGGCCACCUCCGUGGGUUUUCUAUCUGGCGGUUUGUACAGCUGCACAAGCUUCUGUUUCCACAACACACACACACAGAAAACACUCUGUGUGGAAGCUGAAGUCAUUAUUUGCCCCAGCACAUGCCUAUGACCAUGAUGGCGCACUUAAAUUGAAAAAGAAGCUUGGGUCUGUUGUGUAGCAUGACCUGAAGUGUAUCUCUCUUAUCAUCUAACUGCAGCAAAACAAAGGAUAAAGCAGGGCGCUCCAGAGAGACCCGAUGGCUACUGAAGAAAAUCAGACACAGGUUGAGGCUGUAGUUGUGGCUCAGCGUGCUUCUCCUCCAUCCACUGGGCGCAGAUCCAACAGAGAAGCCAGGCCCUCAACUGACAGCCAGGAAGUACGGCGAUACUCUGACCAAUUGUGGCAUUCAAAACCGAGGAGCAUCCCUUCCCUCCUUUUAUAUAGGAAGUUGUCGUGUGACAGUGGGAAAGGGACACUUUUGGAUGAGGAAUACGAGUAUUUGAAUUACAGCUCAAAACUCCUGAGUACCAAAGAGAAACUUCAUCCAGAGCUGUCAGCUGGCAAGAGAACUGAAGGAAUAACUAACACAGUUACUCCGAUACCUGGGAAAAGUUCAGAGGGAUCUCCGUGCCAGCUGGACACCCCUGGAGAGGGUGUGGAUGCAGGCAGAAACAGAACUGGCAGCACCCGCUGCUCCUGCACCAUGUCUAGCCUUUGCAUGAGUCCAAACAUGUACUGUUGCCACAGCCCCAGAUCCAGUCCUCGCCACAGCCCCAGCCCGGUUCACAGUCCUCGCCUCAGCCCCAGCCCCUCUCAGCCCAACCAGCGACACAUCCGCCGCAGCAGCCUGCCUGUGUCUAUGCUGGCUUUCCACAAGACAUCACCCUGCCUCUUAUCUCGGUGCAGUCCAUCCAGUGAACCGAGCUCUUUGGUGUCAUCUCCCUGUAGUUCCCCCCUGCCCAACCCCCGCCAGCAUCACCAAAAUGGACACAUCCACCGGCACCAUCUCAAAGAUGGCUACUCGAGUUUAGAGAGGCUCAACCGAAGGCCCAGGGUUAACAAAUGCUCCCUGGAGAAACUAUUCCUACGACGGACAUCUCUAGACACCAUGAUGACAACCACAGGGAACGAUGAGAGAUCAUCCUCAAGAGUGAUCAGGAACUGCAGCGGGGGCAGCAGCAGUGAUGAAGGGGAUGGAGAGGGUCUCUUGGAUAACACAGAGUUUGUUAGGAACCGUGGAGAGCGUUCCACUCUCUUGGUGAGGCGCUUCUUCAGGAAUAAUCAAAAGGUGACCAAGUCCGUGUGUACUGGAACCAGAGCGAUUGUCAAGACACUGCCGUCAGGACGCAUCUCAGAGGAGGUAGUUGUUUAUCGCAGGAUAUGGCAACCCAGCAAGAAGGAUAUGUGGCCAAUCUUAAUGCGUGGUGUGGGAGAAGAAGUCAGAGUCUGCCGGGGGAUACUACGGUUUGUUGGACUUAAGCUACCGCAGGUUACCAACUAUGUGCAGGACAGAGAGGAACUCAACCUGAUUCAUCCAGCCAAAAAGCUCCUGCUGUCUUGCCCUGGAUGUGUGUGUCUCAGGGAGUCUCGCUGGCCAUUGCACACUGUCAGUGUCAGCCCAGCCAGACCAGAUCUGAGCUCCUGCCUUAAUCCCUGGUGUUGUCAUCCUUCUCAUCCACCUAGGUUUUAUCGUGCAUGUGGCCAGAGGACGUCAGUGUGUUCCCUGCUGACUGGAGCCCUACUAGAGGCCACAGCCGCUCUCGGUGCCCGCUCCGCUCUACCCUACCCUUUGCCCCAGAGCGCCAACAGCCACGCCGCGCUGAAAGAGCGUCAGCUGGCCAACAGUAUGACCAGCAGCAGCUCUCUUCCUCCCAGUGUCAGUGGGAUCAGUAAGGAGCUGGCAGAGGUGCGCCACCUUGUUCAGUUCCCUGAGGAGAUCGCCUGUAUCCUCACCGAGCAAGAGCAGCAGCUCUACCAGCGGGUCUUUCCCUUGGACUACCUCUGUUUCCUCACUCGAGACCUGGGCAGUCCUGAGUGUCAAACCAAACGGCACCCAAACCUCAAGGCCUCGCUGUCAGUGCCCGCCAUGCCUACCCAGAGUGCUCAGCGAAGUAACGCUGUGGAGGACCUGGUGGCGCGCUUCAAUGAGGUGAGUUCGUGGGUGACGUGGCUAAUCCUGACAGCAGGGUCCAUGGAGGAGAAGAGAGAAGUUUUCUCCUACCUGGUCCAUGUCGCUAAAUGCUGUUGGAACAUGGGAAACUACAAUGGUGUCAUGGAGUUCCUGGCUGGACUCAGGUCCCGCAAGGUGCUGAAGAUGUGGCAGUUUAUGGACCAGUCAGACAUCGAAACCAUGAGGAGCCUAAAAGACGCCAUGGCUCAGCACGAGUCUUCUUCUGAAUACAAGAAGGUUGUGACCAGAGCUCUCAAUAUCCCAGGAUGCAAGGUGGUGCCAUUCUGUGGGGUUUUUCUGAAGGAGCUGAGUGAGGCGUUGGAUGGGACAGCAAGCAUCAUCAGCCUCAAACCACCUCCAGAUAAUACAGAGGACUCAAUAGAGUUUGUGUCUGACUACAGCGGCCAGCACAACUUCAUGUCGCGGUCUGGUUCAGAUGGUCUACACAUCCCAGAGAAAGAAGCAACUGUCAGCAACAUCCUGCAGAUUAUCAGAUCUUGUAAUCGUAGUUUGGAGGCAGAGGAUCCUGAUGAGGCGUCCUCCAGUCCUUCUUCUACUGGCCCAUCCCCUACAUCCAGAAACAACUCCUUCAGGGACCGCUGCCGCAAUCAUUCACAUUCAUUUAGGACACCGCCAGAAUCAAACCGUGUAUUAUUCAUGGUAGGGGACUUGUCGGAUUCAGAGGGCGACUUGUCGUCUGAGCCGGUGGUGAAAGAGGUGGAGUUUCAGGGGACUGAGGAGACACACAGAGCUUUCAGCCAUGGUACUGAGCUCAUUCCCUGGUACGUGUUGUCGCUACAACCAGACAUUCACCAGUUUCUGCUGCAGGGGGCUACAGUCAUCCACUAUGACCAGGACAGCCACCUCACAGCUCGCUGUCUGCUGCGACUACAGCCUGACAACACAACACUCACCUGGGGUAAGCCUCAGAGUGGAGGGUCUUCCCCCACAGAGCCACCACUGGGAUUAGGACAGACUGUAGUGGCAGGACUAGCAGAGGGCCUUUUGGACCUGGGAGUGGUGAAGGCAGUGUUCCUGGGUCAUCAGGGAGUGGAUGUUCAUGCUGUAUGUUUGCAAAACAAGCUGAGCCAGAUGACAGUGGAGGAGAAUGGUCUCAGCCUCCUCUACGGUCUCAGUACCACCGACAACAGACUCCUGCACUUUGUGGCCCCCAACCACACAGCACAAAUGCUUCAUAAAGGCCUGUCAGAGUUGGUGAAUGCAACCAGAAAAUUAAAGAAGUUUCCUGAUCAAAGGUUGCAGUGGCUGAGGAGGCAGUAUGUCAGUUUGUAUCAGGAGGAUGGUAGGUACGAAGGCCCUACUCUAGCCCAUGCCAUUGAGCUGUUUGGUGGGCGGAGGUGGAACAUGGGUACAAGCGGAGUAGAGAAACAUGCCACCCAGAAAAACAGCCCUCUGAGCAUCAAUGAUAAGACCAAGAAGAAGAAGAAGGUCCUUGUCAGGGGAGACAGUGGGGAUGUCACGGAUGACGAGAUGGUUUCCAGGAAAACACGGAGCUGUAAAGAAGGACUGUAUCGAAACGGGCCGGAGUCUGACAGCAUCGACCAAGAAGAUCCAGUCCUCUUUGCCUCCAUAGAGGACAGCUUCCCUGGACCAUUCUCCCUCUCAUCUAAAAGCCCUGGAUUGCUAGCUUCUUCUUCCUCCUCCUCAUCUUCCUCCAGCAUGGCAGGGUCCAACCAGUCCCGCCCGCAAUCUUCUCCGAUCCUCUCAGGAACUGCCAAGUCACAGCCAGGGGCAUGGAGUAGCAGGUCGUGGCACGGUCGAGGUAAAGGGUGUUUCAAAGGCUUCCAGAAUCUCAUGAUUUCUGACAGCACGAUGAGCUUCAUUGAGUUUGUUGAACUCUUCAAGUCAUUCAGUAUCCGAAGCAGGAAGGACCUGAAGGAGCUGUUUGACACCUUUGCUGUCCCCUGCAGUCGAUCAAGUCCAGAGUCUGCUCCUCUCUACACCAACCUCAGGAUAGACGACAAAGACACAGGGCUACAGCCAGACCUCGACUUACUAACCCGCAAUGGUUCUGAUCUUGGCCUGUUUAUCCGGACAAGGCAGCAGAUGUCUGACAACCAGAAGCAGAUCUCAGACGCCAUUGCAGCAGCCAGCAUUGUGACCAACGGGACAGGAGUGGAGAACGCAUCACUAGGUGUCUUGGGAUUGGCUAUCCCUCAGCUCAACGACUUCCUAGUCAACUGUCAGAGAGAACACCUGAGCUACGAUGAGAUUCUCAGCAUUAUACAGAGAUUUGAGCCCUCAUCAACCAUGAGACAAAUGGGUUGGAUGUCAUUUGAAGGCUUUGCAAGGUUCCUGAUGGAUAAGGAGAACUUUGCUUCUCGUAUUGAGGAAUCCCAGAUGAACCCAGAAGAGCUGCAGUACCCUCUGUCCUACUACUACAUUGAGUCUUCUCAUAACACCUAUCUGACUGGACACCAGCUCAAAGGAGAGUCCUCCGUUGAGCUUUACAGUCAGGUGCUGCUGCAAGGCUGUAGGAGCGUGGAGUUGGACUGUUGGGAUGGAGAUGAUGGCAUGCCAGUUAUUUAUCAUGGGCACACACUCACCACUAAGAUACCCUUUAAGGAUGUGGUGGAAGCGAUUAACAGGUCUGCAUUUGUCAAUUCUGACAUGCCCGUCGUCCUGUCCAUAGAGAACCACUGCUCCCUCCCACAGCAACGCAAGAUGGCUGAAAUCUUCAAGAUGGUGUUUGGGGAACGUCUCGUGACGCGCUUCCUCUUCGAAAGUGACUUCAGCGAUGACCCUCACCUGCCGUCGCCGCUGCAGCUGCGAGGGAGAAUCCUCCUCAAGAACAAGAAGCUCAAAGCACACCAGGCGCCUGUGGACAUACUCAAACAGAAGGCUCACCAGUUGGCCCACAUGCAGGCCCAAGCUAUCAAUGGGUCACCAGGGGUUACUUCACCUGGCAACCACACCAAUGAGGAAGAGGAAGAAGAAGAAGACGAGUACGACUAUGACUAUGAGUCUUUAUCAGAUGCUGAUGUCCUCACAGCCUCUACUGCCUCGUAUGGCCUGGAAGAUAACAUCCUGGAUGACAAGCCAGAGGGGAAGAGCUCAGCAGACAAAGAAGAGCACCCUGUUGAUGAAAUACCGAAGAGGAUGAAGAAGUCUGAUAGCACUACGCAGAGCAAAGGAAAGGUGUUUGACAUGGAGCUGGGCGAGGAGUUUUACCUUCCUCAGAACAAGAAGGAGAGUCGACAGAUUGCCCAGGAGCUGUCCGACCUCAUCAUCUACUGCCAGGCUGUGAAAUUCCCUGGCCUGUCCACACUGUCUCCAGCCGGCUCUGGCAGAGGGAAGGACCGGGGAAAGAGCAGGAAGUCCAUAUUUGGCACAGCUCCUGCUCGCUGCAGCACAACAGGGGAGGUCAUGACCCAGAGCCGCACGCCUGGGAAAGGUGGCGCAGAGCGACUGAGCUGGGAGGAGCAGCAGACGUCUCCCGUCCUCAACCCCCCUACCUCUCUCAGCGCCAUCAUCCGCACGCCCAAGUGCUACCACAUCUCCUCCGUCAACGAGAACGCCGCCAAGCGCUUGUGCCGGCGUUACUCUCAGAAGCUGAUCCAGCACACGGUGUGCCAGCUGCUCAGGACGUACCCAGCAGCCACCAGGAUCGACUCAACAAACCCGAACCCUCUGCUGUUCUGGCUGCAUGGUAUCCAGCUGGUGGCACUCAACUACCAGACUGAUGACCUGCCCAUGCAGUUGAACGCAGCUUUGUUUGAGGCCAAUGGCGGCUGUGGCUACGUCCUGAAACCGGCGGUGCUAUGGGACCGCAGCUGUCCGCUCUAUCAGCAGUUCUGUCCGAUGGAGAGGGAUGUGGAGAAAAUGAGCCCCGCCGUCUACUCCCUCACUAUUGUCUCCGGUCAGAACGUUUGUCCCGGUAACAGUGCUGGCAGUCCAUGCCUCGAGGUGGAUGUUCUGGGCAUGCCCAUCGACUGCUGCCACUUCCGUACCAAACCCAUCCACCGCAACACCCUUAACCCCAUGUGGAACGAGCACUUUCAGUUCACCGUGCACUUUGAAGAGAUGUGCUUCCUGCGCUUCGCCGUCGUGGAGAACAACAGUUCCCAGACUACUGCACAGAGGACUCUGCCUCUGAAGGCGCUCAAACCAGGUUACAGACACGUCCAGUUGAGGACACAACACAAUGAACCUCUCGAAGUGUCAAGCUUGUUUAUCUUCAGCCGCAGAACAGAGGAAGGUCCCACAGGGGGCGCUACUCCAUCAUCACUGCUGUUCAGUUCAGAGGAGAAAUGUGCGUCGCAGCAGCACAGGGUGACGGUGUAUGGAGCUCCCGGUCCUGAGCCCUUCACUGUGUUCUGUGUCACAGAACAGACGACCACCAAACAGCUGCUGGACACCGUUGUAGCAUCUGCAGGAAACCCGUCUGAGUACUUCCUGUGCGAGGAGAAGGCUCCUCUGUUGAAGGAGCGCAGUGAGGUGAAGCGCUGUGCUCAGCAUCGUCCUCUAGCCCCCGAGGAGGAGGUGGUCAGACUUGUCUCCAGCUGGAGCACCGAGGAGGGAUAUGUGGGGAGGAUCUGCCUCAAAACCAGAGAGGAGAAUUUAAAUGAGAGGAACACGGUGCUUGAGGGAGACGAGGAGGUGACUGUGGGAGGUAGAGAAGGGGCAGGAGGAGGAGGAGGAGAGGACGAUAUGUUUUUUGUCCAGGUCCAUGAAGUUUCACCAGAACAGCCUCACACUGUGAUCAAAGCCCCGCGCUACAGCACUGCUCAGGACAUCAUACAGCAGACUUUGUCAAAGGCCAAGUAUUCCUACAGUAUCCUAUGUAACCCCAAUCCAUGUGACUACGUCCUGAUGGAGGAAGUGACCAAGGACGGCAGCUCUAAGAAGUCCUCCACCGCCAAGCCCCUACAGCGGGUGCUGCUGGAUCACGAGUGUGUCUAUCAAGCUCAGAGCCGCUGGCGGGGCACCGGAAAGUUCAUUCUUAAACUCAAAGAGCAGAUGGGGCGGGAAGACAAAAAGAAAGUAAUUUCCUUCGCCAGCGAGCUAAAGAAGCUGACCAGUCGCAGCCGCAGCAUGACGACUGGCGGCGGAGUGGACGGUCCUGCCCAGAGGUAUCUGUCUGCAGCUGCAGGUCUGAAGGCGUGGGUGGCAGAGGGCAGGGUGGGGGCAGGAAGGUUCCUACAGGCCUCCUCCUCCUCCUCUUUCUCCUUUAGUGGGCAACUCCAACCUGUCCACCUGCCCACCUCCUCUCUGACCCCACCAGCCUGGAAGCUUCACCUCCUCAGGAACUGGAAGAUCCACAAAUGAAAUCCACAGAGAGAGAGAAGACUUGGUUCCACUACUUCUAAACUUGGAGGAUUCUCCUUUCCAAGACAGGCGAGGGGUUUCAGCGAGGGUCCUGCACACUGUUAAAUUCUGGAAUAUGCUCCUCUCUCAAAGUCCUGAAGGAGUCUGAUCCUUGUGUUAGUUGAGCAAGUGGAGGACAGGAUUUAAUCCAAGCCCCGUUGAUGGGUUAGGUGGCCGAUGUUCAGCCCCUUUGCUCGGUUGAAUGAUGGACAGGAGUUUCACCCAGUCAGAUGUUUUGAUUGGAAAUCCCACCCGGUGUGGGCGGUUAGCUCUGGCUCUUCUUGGGGCUUAUUGGUUGUAGUGUGGCUCCACGGGGAGUCCAGAGAACCAGGGGCAGCUGCUGUUAUUGAAGUCAUCAGUGAUGUGAUCAGGGACACAAAAAAGCAUAUUCUCUUACCAAUUUAUAGGAGGAAUUUGUCCCAAAAAAAGAACACUUCCCUGAGUCACAUUCAAAGGAUGAAGAGGUUAGCUUUUAGAUGUGCCAGUUUUUUAUCUCCCAAAAAUAUAGAUAAAAUAAGAUAAGUAGGAGGGCUGCAAAGUGGCCUCUGGAUUGAAUGAGUUUAGUGAACCACAAUUCUUCUAAGAGUUAAUUCAAGGACAAUUCAGAUAUGGUUCUGCCAUAGAUACGAUGACCUGUGUCCUAACGCAGGCUAUGGUUUGCUAUUGGAUGACUAUAUCAUGUAUUUGGUUCUAAGUAAGCUAGUAAACUACUCCCCUUUUCUGGUAUCACACAGCAAACGGAGGGAGAUCUGCUUGGAAACAUGGAAGGAGAGAUGUAGGAGAGCACGAGGGCUGAAACAGUAUUCUUCUCUCUUUCUCAGGUAUGGGCUCUUUUGGCUAAAAGGAGGCUGGCAAGCUGGCUUGUUUGGUUCUUUUCUUACUGUUCCAGUUUCACAGUACUGUACGGGCACAUGUUGGGCAGUGCAGACGGGCAAAUAGGCAACAAAGUGAGACAACCUAUUCAGAUAUUCUGUAAUGGAAGCAGCAACGCUUUAGGCGAUCUCUUACACUACUGUCUCUGCCCUAAAGGUGACAAUACAUGAACAGCAUUUUAAGGCAAUAUAAAGUUGCUCUUCGGUGUUGCCUUAAAAUGUUGUAACACUGUCUUUAACUUUUGUUAAUUUUGUAGCUGUUUUUCUGUGCCUCGUUUCACAAAGUAUUUUAGUUCUGUCAUCAUUGUUCACAUGCAUCUUAUCUUGCCAACCAAACAAAUAAAUUAAUUUAAAGCAUUUUUACAAAAUAUGUAUUUAAAGUUUUUUUCAUUGUUUUCAUUUCACUUUGAGAAAUUUAAACGUGUUUUUUUUCUAUAAAACAGUUUUGUUCGUUUAAGAAAAGAAGUGAAAGUUCUCAAAAGUUAAACGUCGUCUAAACACAAGUGGGCAUACAAGAUUUUUGCCAAAAUAAAAUACUGUCUAAAAUUAUGAUUUGAAUCCAAAAUGAUCUGAUCCAAGUAAAUGAGAAGUAUCGGGGUUCAAAUCUCAGCCCUAAUGCUAAUAGUGCUUUGGCUAAAUAGAGAAAUGUAAACUCUUUCACCUCAAUGUGAGAAGGACUUUAAGGAAAAAUAGCUAAAACUAAAUAUUUUUCCUUCAGUUUCCUCCUUUAUUUGAGUAGAACAAUGAUGAUUUCAGCACAAAGAUCCUUUGGAGAAACAAAGCCAAGUCUUCUUCAAACAGCAUUUUGCACAUUUGUUUUUCCUUCUGCUGUCAUCUUCAGUGUUUUUGUGCUACUGUCUGAUAAAUGACAGACUGACUUGAUUAUUAUAAGAUGGUUGCAAAAGAUUUCUUUUUAUGAUCAUCAUAUUUAUUACUUUGGAUUUCAGCUCAGUUAUGAAUUCAGUUUUGAGGAAAGCACAAGAUAAAUGUUUGGAUUGUUUUUAUAACUUUGUCAAACUGAAAUGGGCAUGUAGUCUGAAUCCAAACUUCAAAUUCCCCAAUGAUGCAAUGAAUGAAUUGCACUUCACUUUAGUUUAUUGGCCUACAUUUACUGUCCUUGAUUCUGAAUGCAGUAUCUUUAUAGAUUACUAGUAUUGAUUGUAGACCUAAGGCUUUUCUUUAUUUCUACUUACUGCUCAUUUUAAUUUUCUUUCAGAAUUUACUAAAACUUGAUUUAUUUGGGGCCAAAUUCCCCCUUUUUUCUGUUUUGAUGUGUAACAUUUCCAUUUUUAUUUAUUUUUAUAAAGUUUAGAUUCUUUUCUCUUUAGAACAUGUUUUUGUUUUAUUUGGCCUUUCAGUUAUUAAUGCAUCGAUCUUCCCUCUAGUGUAGUCCACUGAGAUUUUUAAAUAACUAAAAGUGUUCUGAACCCACUACGGUUAGGAAUAAAUUAUACAACAUAAAACUUGUAACUUUUACUUUUACAUUUGUCUUGAAAUACAAAUUUGUGCAGUGCCAAGUAAUGAUGUUUAAAUUUUAGUGCAAUAGUGACGUUCUGUCACUUCUGUUUAAAUUUAAAUCUAAACUGAUAUCAUUCACACACAGAGAUGAUCUUUUUUUCAGUGGUAAGGCAGUAGGACGAUCCUUAAGGCUAAUGGUAAUGAAGGUAGAUUGUGAUCCAAGAAACCACAACUGUAUGUCAGUGAUAAUUAAGCUGAUAGGUUUAGUAGUCACUGUAAUCCUUUUGUCCAUUCCGGCUUUUGUUGCUGUAGCUGAAACAUGAUUAUGCAAGAAGAUCAUAUUUCAUAAACUGGUGAUUACUUACAACUACCAUGCUGGAUAAAAGUGAUAUCAGCUGAUAUGAAAUCCACACUGACUUUAAACAGAAAGGGACAUUUUCUGUUAAAUUGUAAAGCUAUAUAAUCAGCAAGUGUUUCAUCGCAUCUUAACAUCGUUCAGGCAGAUCUGUGUUCCUUGUUUUCCUUCUUUCUAACCUGUAGACCUCAUUUCUGAAUGUAACAUUUCUUAACGUGUUGAACCUGAGACAAAUGUGUGUUUGGAUGUUAUUUAUUUUAAUGUGAAGCCCUGGUUGGCAAUUAUAUGUCGUUGUUGUUGUUUAUGUAUAAUUUCCUGUAAGUAGUUUUAAGUGUUUUUUUUUUAUUUUUAUUUAUUUCAAUAUGUGAGAGGAUAAGCUCUCUACUGCCCUAACUUUAGUCAAACUUAUUUAGAAAUGUUUUACUUUGUGUGUAAAAUAUUCAGUGUAGUAUUCAUAUUUCUGGCAUGUUAUUCUGCAAUACACAGCAGCGUCUUUUAAUGCCUUUAUUUUGUGAGUUUUCAUAAAUGUGGACAAAAGCUGACGAUUUGAAACUGUCAAAUCCUUUUUUUGGUGUAUUCAUUAUAUCCACUGAAUAUGACAUAUGUGUUUGCUGACUGUGGGCUAAUGUUUCAUCUUUAGCACUUUGUUGUUUCCAUAAGAUGUGCAGUAUACCCUUUAACAUCCACUGUCUGUGUUAUGAUGUGGUUGUCAAGUGAACAUUUGUCUAUUUACUUGAAUUUUUAAAUGGAUGAGAAUUGGUGGAUUUGUCAUAUACCAGGAUCACAAUAAAAAUAUAAAUACGUAA